UGCGCAGAGGGGCCGCUGCGCGCUGACUAGGAGCCAGCCGGGAGCCCGACGUGCCGAGGUGUUGAGGUGGCCGCGAGACAGACUCAGGUGCAGCAUCUAGGCCGAAUCCGAGCGCGCUGCCGUGGGUUAGCAUCGGGGAAACUGAGGCGGACGUAGGGGCAGGAUCUCCUUGUGUGCUUCCGGUUGGAGUUCUGGAAAUAACUCUGAGAUUUAGGGCAAGUGAAGCCUGAGGAGCCUCAUGACAGGCAGAGAUGCCAACAAUGACCAUCUAAGCCUACCUCUGUGAAGACCUGCCACCAUCUACUACACAUGAUGUCAGGAAACCACAUGCCCUCUGCCAGUGGCCCUUUCUCUGCCCUGACUCCAAGCAUAUGGCCCCAGGAGAUCCUAGCAAAAUGCACACAGAAGGAAGAGUCUGCAGAGCACCCAGAGUUCUGCUAUGAUGAGUUUGGUUUCCGUGUGGACAAGGAAGGUUCUGAGCCUGGAUGUAGCCAGAUGGCAGGUGCACCCCUGGCGGAGGACCCCACACAGAGGCUGCGCUGGCAGGCCCACCUGGAGUUUACCCACAACCAUGAUGUGGGGGAUCUCACCUGGGACAAGAUUGCAGUGUCUCUCCCUCGCUCCGAGAAACUCCGUUCCCUAGUGCUGGCUGGCAUCCCACAUGGCAUGAGGCCACAGUUGUGGAUGCGGCUCUCUGGGGCGCUGCAGAAGAAGAGGAACUCUGAGUUGUCCUACCGUGAUGUUGUAAAGAACAGCUCCAAUGAUGAGACCAUUGCUGCCAAACAGAUCGAAAAGGACCUGCUCCGCACCAUGCCCAGCAACGCCUGCUUUGCCAAUGUGAACAGCAUUGGGGUGCCUCGCCUGCGCAGAGUCCUCCGAGCACUGGCCUGGCUGUACCCAGAGAUUGGCUACUGCCAGGGCACAGGCAUGGUGGCUGCCUGCCUCCUGCUAUUCCUGGAGGAGGAGGAUGCCUUCUGGAUGAUGUGUGCCAUUAUCGAGGACCUGCUGCCUGCCUCCUACUUCAGCACUACCCUUCUGGGUGUCCAGACUGACCAGCGGGUCCUGCGCCACCUGAUCGUCCAGUACCUGCCUCGUUUAGACAAGUUGUUACAGGAGCAUGACAUUGAGCUGUCUUUGAUCACACUGCACUGGUUCCUCACGGCCUUCGCCAGCGUGGUGCACAUCAGGCUGCUUCUGCGCAUCUGGGACCUGUUUUUCUACGAGGGCUCCCUGGUGUUGUUCCAGACUACGCUGGGCAUGCUGCGCCUUAAGGAGGAAGAGCUGAUUCAGUCAGAGAACUCAGCUUCCAUCUUCAACACGCUGUCGGACAUCCCGGCACAGAUGGAGGACGCGGAGCUGCUGCUGGGGGAGGCCAUGAGGCUGGCUGGGUCCCUCACUGAUGUGGCUGUGGAGACCCAGCGCCGCAAGCAUCUGGCUUACCUCAUUGCAGACCAAGGCCAGACCCUGGGGACAAGCGCCACUACCAACCUGUCACAGGUGGUGCGCCGCAGGACCCAGCGGAGGAAGUCUGGCAUCGCCUCUCUGCUCUUUGGAGAGGAUGACCUAGAGGCUCUCAAGGCCAAGAACAUCAAGCAGACAGAACUGGUAGCCGACCUUCGUGAAGCCAUUUUGCGUGUGGCACGCCACUUCCAGUGCACAGACCCCAAGAACUGUAGUGUGGAGCUGACCCCAGACUACAGCAUGGAGAGCCACCAGCGGGACCAUGAGAACUAUGUGGCAUGCUUACGGAGCCACCGGCGCCGGGCCAAGGCCCUGUUGGACUUUGAGCGGCAUGAUGAUGAUGAGUUAGGCUUCCGCAAAAAUGACAUCAUCACGAUCAUUUCUCAGAAGGAUGAGCACUGCUGGGUGGGUGAGCUGAACGGCCUGAGAGGCUGGUUUCCAGCCAAGUUUGUGGAGGUCUUGGAUGAACGGAGCAAAGAGUACUCAAUUGCGGGGGACGACUCUGUGACAGAGGGAGUGACAGACCUCGUGCGAGGGACCCUCUGCCCAGCCCUCAAGGCCCUGUUUGAACAUGGACUGAAGAAGCCAUCCUUGCUUGGAGGGGCUUGCCACCCCUGGCUGUUCAUCGAGGAGGCAGCGGGCCGGGAGGUCGAGAGAGACUUUGAUUCUGUGUACUCCCGCCUGGUGCUCUGUAAGACAUACAGGUUGGAUGAAGAUGGCAAAGUCCUGACCCCCGAAGAGUUACUGUACAGGGCUGUGCAGUCUGUGAAUGUGACCCACGAUGCAGCACAUGCACAAAUGGACGUCAAGCUCCGCUCACUUAUCUGCGUGGGGCUCAAUGAACAGGUAUUACACCUGUGGCUGGAGGUACUCUGCUCCAGCCUGCCCACUGUGGAGAAGUGGUACCAGCCCUGGUCCUUCCUGCGCAGCCCUGGCUGGGUCCAGAUCAAGUGUGAGCUCCGAGUCCUCUGCUGCUUCGCCUUCAGCCUCUCUCAGGACUGGGAGCUCCCCGCUAAGAGAGAGGAGGAAAAGCAGCCACUGAAGGAGGGUGUUCAGGACAUGCUGGUGAAGCACCACCUUUUCAGCUGGGACAUAGAUGGAUGACGCUCCUUCUAGCUGCUGUGUGGCUCCCAGGCCUACCGUCAUAGACUUCCUGGCAGGCCCCGCCUUUCAACAGAAAGAGGGCAGAGCCCUGGCCAGCCUCAGGCCUCCCUCCUCUAGUUAGGAGGUUCAGGGAAGACACACUCCAGAGCACAUCCAGAACCUAUAAUCAGGACUUCCGGGCCUCCCCACUCCAGGCUUGCACAGUUGGCAAAAGCAUAUAUAGGUGGCCAGCUCAGCCUCUCUCCUUAACGUCCUGGGGGUUGUCCUGCCAGGGUCCUUAAGGAAGUCCUGUCUACCAGCCAUAUGGUGUGUUAACCAAAACCCUUGUGAAGAAGUGGGGAGCCACCUCUGUGCUGGUCUCAGCUCAGGAAGAGGGUAGGCCAAUGGCAGAUAAAAGCCUCUUAACCUCUGUGAUUGUAAAUAAACUUUUUGUGAGAGA